AUGGAGCGUGGCGGAGGAGAUGCUGAGGCGGAAGGAGCGGAAUACCAUCAAGAUGCGGCCAUGGAAGCACAUAGCAACGGGUCUGCCAGCGACAAGUGCAGCGAGAGUGCGCAGAAAGUGAUGGACUCGAGGAAGGAAGCUGAGUGGAACGGACGAGAUGAGUACGAGUUAAAGGCGGUGGCGACGGAGGAGGAGGAGGAGGAGGAAGAAGCAGAAGAGUGUGUGGAGGAGGACGAGGCGGAUGUUGAAAACUAUGCUCGGAUAAUGCGAACAUGCCAUCGCGGUUGCCUGUUUGCCAGAGCUCGAGGUGAUCCGUGUCUACGGACGAGAAGAAGAGGAGGGCUGAUCCAGAUUUGCCGCUUCAGUCUCGGAAAACGUCAGUUUUUGGCUGAUCAUCAAAAAUGGCGCCUCCUGCAAAAGGCAAACCAACGCUACGGCAUGAAGAGUUUCUGUCCCACAAGCCAACCUUCCAGAGAGGGUAAUUGUGAUGCACAUGGUUCCGUUUGCUCCAUUCCAGAACAUGCAGAGGAAUGA